UACACAACACAGAUGGCAGCACUAACCAAAAGAAUUUAAAUUACGUGUCAAACUUUGUGAAAUUGAUUACAAUUUUUUAGCAUAAAUAUAUUAUUUCAGCACAAAUUUUGUUAUUGCAUCAACGAAACCAUGCUCAAAGCGGUUAUACUUAUCGGAGGUCCUCAAAAAGGAACAAGAUUUAGGCCUUUAUCUCUGGAUAUACCGAAACCCCUGUUUCCGGUAGCUGGUCUUCCGUUAAUUCAACACCAUAUUGAAGCCUGUUUGGCUGUUAAAGACUUGAAAGAAAUAUUGUUGAUCGGGUUUUAUCCGCCCAGUCAAAUUGAGCCUUUUAUUAAUGAUGUUCAACAUUAUUAUAGCGUUAAUAUCCGGUAUUUGCAAGAAUUUACUGCGUUAGGAACUGCAGGAAGUUUAUAUCAUUUUCGCGAUCAAAUCCGGUUUGGAAACCCACAUGCAUUUUUUGUGAUGAAUGGAGACGUUUGCGCUGAUUUCCCCCUUGAUGACUUAUACGAAUUUCAUAAAAGCAAAGGAGAUAAUGCUUUGGUAACUGUGAUGAGUACAGAAGCUACGAGGCAACAAUCUUUGAACUAUGGAUGUUUAGUAACAGAUAAAACUACUCAUGAAGUAUCUCAUUAUGUUGAAAAACCAAGUUCUUAUGUUUCCACUUUAAUCAGUUGUGGAAUUUAUGUGUUUUCAACGGAAAUUUUUCAAGCUAUUGGGGAAGCAUUUAAUGUGAAACAACAAGAAUAUUACAGGAAUGGAAAUGGAAAUAAAGCUGGUUAUAUGCAACUUGAGCAAGAAAUUUUAGCCCCUUUAGCAGGAACAGGGAAAAUAUUUACUUAUCAAGUGUCUAGAUGGUGGUCUCAAUUAAAAACAGCUGGGUCAGCUAUUUAUGCAAAUCGACAUUAUCUCCAACUUUAUAGGAAUACACAUCCUGAAAGAUUGGCUCAUUUACAUGCAUCAGGAGAUCAAAAUCCUCACUGUCACAUAACUCCAGAUGUUUAUAUUCAUCCUACAGCAGUGAUUCAUCCUACAGCAGUGUUGGGUCCCAAUGUGAGUAUAGGUCCAGAUGUGGUAAUUGGUCCAGGAGUUCGCGUGCGUGAAAGUAUAAUUUUGGCAAAUGCUCACAUAGAAGAUCACAGUUUAAUCCUUCACAGUAUUAUAGGAAGAAAUUCAAAGGUUGGAAAAUGGGCUAGAGUUGAAGGAACCCCAUCUGACCCAGAUCCAAAUAAACCAUUUGCAAAAAUGGAAAAUCCCGUUUUGUUUAAUAAUGAUGGACGAUUAAAUCCAUCAAUAACAAUCCUCGGGUGUUAUGUGAGUGUAAAACAGGAAACGAUCCUAUUAAACUCGAUUGUUUUACCUAAUAAGGAGUUAAGUCGCAGUUUUAAAAACGAAAUUAUCCUUUAAAACGAUUUUUAUUGCGCACAAUUACAAGAGUAAAUAUUUCGUAAUCAAAUAUAUUCUUUAUUUAUAACGUUUUUCUUGUUCUUAACAAUGAGAAGAAACUAUAAUCCAUUGGAUACGUACCUUAUAUUCUAAUAAAUGAUUUUUGUUUUUUUA